CCAUCCAUCCCAUCCUGUCCCAUUCCACAGAAACUGGACUAUUUCUGUGCUUCGGCCGUUGUCCUGCACUCCGUGUACCUGUGCUGCGUCAGGACACUGGGGCUGCAGCGCCCAGCCUUAAUCAGCAUCUUCCGAGCCUUCCUCCUGCUCUUCCUCGCCUGCCACAUCUCCUACCUGAGCCUCGUCCGCUUCGACUACGGCUACAACAUGGCAGCGAACGCGGGCAUCGGGCUGCUGAACGUGGCCUGGUGGCUGCGGUGGUGCCUGCGGAACCGCCCGCGCCUGCCCCACGUCUGGAAGUGCGCGGCCGUGGUGCUGCUGCUGCAGGCGCUGGCGCUGCUGGAGCUGCUCGACUUCCCCCCGCUGCUCUGGGUGCUGGAUGCCCACGCGCUCUGGCACAUCGGCACCAUCCCGCUCAACGUCCUCUUCUACAGUUUCCUGAUGGACGACAGCCUCUACCUCCUCAAGGCCAACUCCGACCUCCUCAAAGCGGAUUAGAGCUGGGGGGGGGGGGGGCACAUGUGGCCCUUUGUGCCCCCCCAGAUCCUGCCCUGUGCCAAGCACCCCCCCUGCUCCCCCCCC